CCGACGGGCCCUCCCGCCCGCCCUCCCGAGGAGCGCAGACCCGGGCCCGCGAGGGCCGCCGCCACCCCGCAGCAGAUUUGGAUCCCCCGCCCGGCGAGCCCCAGGCUGCUGCCUCCCGGGGGGCCCCGGCGCAGCGGCCGCCCCCGGAGAACCCCGGCACCCGGCCGCCCGGCCCCGAAGACGCCGGCAGCGCCAUGGCGGCCGCCAAGCCCGGCGAGCUGAUGGGCAUCUGUUCCAGCUACCAGGCGGUGAUGCCGCACUUCGUGUGCCUGGCCGACGAGUUCCCGCAGCCCGUGCGGCCCGCCAAGCUGUCCAAGGGCAGGGGCCGGCUGCGGCGGCCGCGCCAGUCCCGCUUCAAGACGCAGCCGGUCACCUUCGACGAGAUCCAGGAGGUGGAGGAGGAGGGAGUGUCCCCUAUGGAGGAGGAGAAGGCCAAGAAGUCGUUCCUGCAGAGCCUGGAGUGCCUGCGCCGCAGCACGCAGAGCCUGUCGCUGCAGAGGGAGCAGCUCAGCAGCUGCAAACUGAGGAACAGCCUGGACUCCAGCGACUCCGACUCGGCCCUGUGAGGGGCGCCGCCCGCAGCGGGGACUCGCGCGCCUCCGCGGCCCGCCCGGGGUCAGCGUGCGAACCCCGAGGGAGCCCGCGCCCCGCACCCCGGGACCCCCGAGCACCGGGGACCGCCGCCCCUCGCGCGCUUGGACUCUCGCCCGGCUGCGAACUGGUCGGUGCGCCCCGCGCUGCCCUCGCUCUGGGCCGGAGCGCGCCCGGGGGCGCCAGGGAGGGGGGCGGCUUUCUUUGCCCUUGUAAACGUUUAUUUUUUAACUCUUCCCAGUGUGAACUGUGCUGUGAGUGUGUGCGGGAAGGCACGCCCGCGCUGAGUCGGCCCGGGGUCGUCAGGGCUUCCCGGAGAGCCGCUCCUCGCCCUUGUCGGAUGGUUUGCAACUCCGAUUUUGCACACCGCUCCACCGUGCCCCCCAGCGCACACCCGUUCACACUCACGCCAACACACUUUCGCUGAACACUUUUCUAAUUGUUAGGCGCGGCUGAUGGGACUUGGGGCGCAGCGCAGCUGCUGCUGCGGCCGGAGGAUUGAUAUUUAUUUUUGCAUUGCGAUGGCUGAUGGCCUUUAUUUAACGAUCUUUCUACUUGGAUAUGUCUGUGAGGCUCCCGAAUGGAGACAAAUAAAGUAAAUAUAUUUGCACAGUGCAUUUCUCCAGGCUCUUGACUUCUUGAACCUUCGGUGCCCAGGCUCCCAAGACUGGGGGAGGUGGGGGAAGGAUGUGGCUGGAAUGAGGGGCCAGGGGUCCCCGAGUGGAGUUAACUCCACAAGCUUCAGUCACCGGAACGAGGUCGCGCCCCCGGUGCGCAGAUCGGUUCGUGGCCUCCCCAAGUGGAUCCACACCCGGCCCGGAGGGCUCCUGCCUCCCUGUCUGUGCCCCAUCGCCGGCGUCCGGGAUGGAGUGAGGCAGCUGGUAGGAGAUCAGCGCUGUGAGGACAGAGAGCGCCUUCCUGGGUGCGGUUGACCUCUCAGAGAGGUGGGGGUCAGGGUCAUCGCCCUGCACCCACCGCAGAAGACCCCACCCACUGCGCAGCCUGUCUAGGCGGCGAGUGAGGAGAUGCCCGAGCUAGCAAUGGGACACCCAGGCGGGGAUAUUUGGGUGAUGGGACCCGAGGGAGGGCAGGGAGCCCUCCCGGGCUGGGAGACAGUGAGGGCUCCUUUGCCUUCUUCAGGGUUCUGCAGAGAGGGUGGGGCAGAGC